UCAAUCAUAACGAAGUCAUCGUGGGUGUUCCCUGUGCUGCUGCCACUGGAGCCCUCCGAGUGUAAGCUGCCUUGUAGAGGAGAUUCAGUCUCUGGAGAAUCAGGAGGAUUGACCUGCCCAAGAAAUUGAAGAUGCUAAUCACCCUGAAGCAGCUCGUCAGACAUCACAUGUACGGGGCACACAGCCCCUCGCAGCAGCGCUGCACUUCUGAGCGAGCGGGAGCACUCGGCGCUCAACCUUCAGCAGAGGUGGAACUGCAGCCCUGAGAGGGGCCAGCAACCCCAGCCACCCACAGAACAUCAGAUAAUCAUUAAUGACUCUGCACAUCCACGGCUUCUAUUCAAAACAGCCCCAUCAACAGAAGUAAACGUCUAUUUUAAGUCGUGCUGCUACACAAGAGUACCGCAACUUACAGAGCACUUUCUAGAGUGCUGCUUUCUGAAUGACUCUAAAAAGAAAGCUGGGCAUCUACACUGGUGGAAAGUUCCUCAGCUACAUCCAUGCUGCAUCUCCCCAUAAUCUACUGCUUUAAUUAUAAGGCAUGGUUUGAUGUGAAAUCUAACAACAUAAGCUGUAGAUACACUAUCAGAUUAUCCUUUGGGUAUUUUAACCUCCUCAGAACGUUUCCUGCGCUUAACGUCCACCAGCCAGAGACUGCACAUUUCUCUGUUGCAGGGGAGAUGCAAAAGGAAGCUAGUACUUGGAGCACCAGAUGGUUAAUUGAUGCACCACUCUAAUGUAGAAAAAUUGAGCUUUUACUAUAGAAGUACUUACCACUACAAAAGGAAAAAAGAGUGAGCUGUUAUUAUCCUUUUGACUUAACUGAGCAAAGCACUGUAAGAGAGGAGGAGCCAGGAUCCACAACAAAACUUGGAUUAGCUGGCUAACUAAAUACUGCAUUUAAAAAGUGCAUCUUCUUCUCGGCGAAGAGAAAACUGAAAUUUACAUCCAAGAGAAAACAAAACAGCUUUUAAUGAGAGGAGAAGAGAGAGAGCAUUUAUUUGUAACCCUAGGAGAAAGCUACAAGGAAGCGCUAUAUCCUUAUGGUGCAGGAGAGCUGUCAAAUAAAGCACCUACAUUUUCCUCAUGGGACUGGAAAAAAAAUUAGGAUAUUGACUUGCAAGAUAUUAGAAAACUAAUGAAAGAUGUUAGGCUCACUGGUCUGUUAGGAAAGGAAAUGAAGCAUCAAACCGGUUCUCUGCGCACUGUAAUGAAUCAGUUCUAACCGUUCUGUACCCAAAUAACUCCAGAGGGGAGAAGAGUAGCCCUCAGAAGCAUGCUGUGGAUUCGGGCUUCAAAGGAGGAGAGCUUUACAGUUCUGCCCUGCUCCAUCUGAAUUAGGAUUCCUUCUGCAAGAUCCCAAGCUUUCUAUAACAUCCAAAAAACAUUUGGAGUCUCAUACUCUCACCUCAAGCUCCCAGUGCUGUAACAGCUGACUCACCAGAGCCUAAUGUACAGUAGCAAGCAUUGGGCAGCAUUUCAUGUCAGGGAGCUGUAAUUUCGGGGACAACGAUCACCUUGGAACUCAGCUCCUGGCACGCCCAAGGCCUGUCACUGGGCAGGCAGCACCUCCUCAUUUUUGCAGGGAUCCUCUGAUGGUUAUGUGUGACCUGCUGAGGCUUUAGGAACACGGCUCACCUUUGGGAUCACUCUUGGUAAGAAUCAAGACUAGAACUAUAGCAAACACUUUAUUUACAAAAAAAAUGCCUUUGUACCCUCAGGUUAGCUGCUACUGCCUGACCCGAACACAAAGAAAUUCGUUAAACUUGUUUUGACCAAACUCAUCCAACUCUUAAGUCCUGCAGCUUGUGAUGCCAAUAGGGUCCUUGCUAAGCGCUAGUCACUCAAGCAAUGCUCCGUUCUGGGGCGAUGUGAUCGAAUUUUACGUGGAAUAACAACCAGAAGGAACUGACCUUUGGUCUUGCUCAGAAAUCCACAGAUGACUGAUUCCCCCUCAACCAAAGAAUUUCUUAACCAAAAAAAAACUGUGCUGCUAGAACCUUGCACACAGGCUGCUCACAGGUAAACCAAGCACCAUGGCCACACAGCUUUUGGCUUUGUUGCUGCCCUUCUGCAACGUCCACUUCCAUGCUCUAUUUAUUCAUACCUUUGUCUCUGCAUUCCUCUAAACAGAAAAGUCUGAGAAAAACAUUCAAAAGACAAAUGCUACACGUGGCAUUUUUAGCUAAAGCCUCGCUCUUUCUUACAAUACAGUGAAGCAGAGAAGAAUAUGAGCCUUAUCCAGCAGUCAGAUAUCUAGCCAUUGUGCCUCACACACUCUAUUGGUAGUUGCAGUCUCCUUCACCAAGGGCACGUGAACAUGAGGUGAUGGCACCUCAUGUGUAUGAUGCAACAGGCUGCAAGAGCCAUCCCCUUUGUGCACUGCUGCGAGGAAGGACAGCUCCCAGCGUGCCAUGCCCACUGCCAGCAGCCACGCUGCAUGCAGGCACUUGUAGCCGUGCCAUGCAACAGGUGCACAGCACCACUUGUGAGCAGCUGCAUUACCGUACAGCUUUCAUGUCCAAGAAUUCAGCACACGUGAGUGUCUGACACACAAAUGAGAAAGGAGCCGAAACACCUGACGCACAGCAGGCAUUAGCAUUAAUGCUGGGAAAAGCAUACACAGGCUGCUUCCAUUACUUCCAUCCACUGAGAUUUCACUCUGCGUCAUGGCUGCUACAACUUUAACUCAUAAUGCUCUCCUUUAUCUAUCAACGCUAUAUAGUUAUUCGAGGUUUCCAUCCCUGAGUGGCACACCAAUGCUGAAAAGAGCACAAGCCCUGCCUCUUUCUAAGGUGGGCUGCUCUCAGCCCAGUUCUCAUUUUCCCAUUAUCUGACCAUGCCCCCAGACUGGGUUCCCCACUUCCACUGUUCUUCCAGAUCUCUUUCAUAAACACAGGACCCGAAUCCAACCUCUGAGUGCAUCCUGUGUGAAGCUCCAGAAAAUUCUUGUUGAAUCAUUCAGGUAAAACGAACAUGAAAGUUCUGGAAGAUUUUAAUAGAGUGUCUGAUAAAUAGGCUUGGCUGCCAAGGAGACUUUCCUAGAAGGUCUCUUUCAAUGACCAAGAAGCACCAGUGCAAGCAGGUAUUUUGAGCGCAUUAAUAAGCAACUAUAAAAAGCUCACGAUGGAGACAUCAGCUCCAAGGCCAGGCACGUGAGUCAAGCUCUACACGGUUAGACUGAAAGUUAAUCUCCAUUUCCCCUUCUUAGCAGGUCUGCUGGAAACCUGGGGAGAGGGGAGGGAGGAAGAAGGGGACAGUGCUAACUUGAGGUGUGCCACACUCAUUCCUCAAAGUCUGUGAGUUAAAAAAAAAAACAGACAAGCAGGCUCUAUGAGGAAAAUUGAUUCAUAUGAUACAAACAUUCUGAUGAAUAUCUGCAGUUCACUCUGUGGUUAAGUUUUGACUACUAAAGACUCAUUUUUUUCCUGCUGACCAUAACUUCGUAACUGAUAAAUGACUUCCCAGUUUAGGAAGUGCCUUACUAAAGCCAGCCCUGCCAGCUCCACCCGCUUAGAAACAAAAUGGAGUAAUUCCUGUUGACCGGCAGUUACAUUCUGUACUUCCCUGAGCUCUAAAGAUGUGUCAGCACAAAGGUCCGUCCCGGCACUGCAUGUCAGGCCAAAGUGCAGUAGCUGGAGCAGUGUUGCUGCUCGCCCUGUAUCACAGCAUCAUCAUCACAUCGCAGCUCGGCGUGCAUACAUGGUCAGGAAAGUUGAGUAACCCCAAAGAAACCCAGGGGACCCUGUUCGAUCCUCCCGGACGCCUGGCUGAGAGCAAUGCCUUAUCCCUCUUUGCAAACAGGACGGUUUCAUCAGGUCAGGCCGCUCCUGCGAUCAUCUGGAUUUGCUCCAGACUUCGUCUGCGUGGCCAACGACAGCUCAGCGAGGCAGCGGACCUUCAGACAGGGACGAAGGAUGCGGCCGCCAGUGCAGGCACUGGAACGGGCGGUGUGACGCGGCCCCCGGGAGCCCUCGGCCCGUCGCCAUGGCUGUACCCGUCGCGGUGCUGGACUGCGACCUCUUGCUGUACGGCCGCGGGCACCGCACGCUGGACCGCUUCAAGCUGGAGGACGUCACGGAUGAGUACCUGGUGUCCACCUACGGCUUCCCCCGGCAGUUCAUCUGCUACCUGGUGGACCUGCUGGGAGCCAGCCUGUCCCGCCCCACGCAGCGCUCCCGAGCCAUCAGCCCCGAGACCCAGGUACUGGCUGCCUUGGGCUUCUACACCUCCGGCUCCUUCCAGACACGCAUGGGGGAUGCUAUUGGCAUCAGCCAAGCCUCCAUGAGCCGCUGCGUUGCCAACGUCACCGAGGCGCUGGUGGAAAGAGCUCCCCAGUUUAUUCACUUUCCUGAGGACGAAGCGGCGGUGCAGAGCCUGAAGGACGACUUCUAUGCUCUGGCGGGCAUGCCGGGUGUGCUGGGUGUGGUGGACUGCACCCACGUGGCGAUCAAAGCACCCAACGCCGAGGACCUGUCCUACGUGAACCGGAAGGGCCUCCACUCUCUGAACUGCCUGAUGGUGUGCGAUGCCAAGGGGGCCCUGCUGAGCGCUGAGACGCACUGGCCCGGCAGCAUGCCCGACUGCACUGUGCUGCAGCAGGCAGCCCUUGCCAGCCAGUUUGAAACCAAGCUGCACAAGGAUGGCUGGCUGUUGGGUGACAGCUCCUUCUUUCUCCGCACCUGGCUGAUGACCCCCCUGCACAUCCCUGAGACACCUGCAGAAUACCGCUACAACAUGGCGCACUCUGCCACGCACAACAUCAUUGAGCGGACAUUCAGAACCAUCCGAUCGCGAUUCCGCUGCCUGGAUGGGUCCAAAGGCACCCUGCAGUACUCCCCCGAGAAAUCCAGCCACAUCAUUCUGGCCUGCUGUGUGCUUCACAACAUCUCCCUGCAGCAUGGGCUGGAUGUGUGGUCUGCCCCAGCCGCGGGGCACGUGGAGCCACCGGAGGAGGAGUAUGAGCAAAUGGAGUCAAUGGACUCUGAAGCCUGUCGUAUUCGUCAAGAGCUGCUGCUCACUCAUUUUAGCUAGCGCUGUGGCAGCAGGAGGGGAGGGCUUCUCGCUGUUCCCUGGAGAAGAUACAGAGAGCAACAUGCCUCCUCCUCUUAAGCUGGUCAAGACUAAGGGAUGUAAGAUGAAGAGAAAUUCUAUUCAUUUCAGGGGGUAUUCAGAACUUCUCUUCGUCUCCUUGUAGGUGUUAUUAAUUGCUAAAUUGUUGCUGUUGUGAUUCUUAUAGACAUCCCUUUCUCCUAAUUUAGAGGACAAUGACUGUAAAGUGAGAUUGCUGGAGAAACGUGGAAAACUGUGGCAAUAACUAUGACAAAUCUGUAAGCCUCGCACUAUUUUACAAAGCAACAGUUCUAUGCCACUUUGUAACCCAAACCACUUACAAUUGAUUUUUAAACAGUAUUGCACACACAUUAAACCUCCCUGUGGGGCCAUGUCUGAUUUCAUAA